CGCUGUGCAGCUGCUACUACUGGCACGAAGACGAUCAACAACACCUUGCGCUGCUUGUGCCGCUGCAAAGUAGAUACAGAGAGUCGUACCAAGGGAGUAGUGACAGAAAGGGAAGGAGAAUAUACAGCACCGCCGUCGCUGCUGCCCGCUUGUCGCGCACUGCCGCUGCGCACAGCACACGAACGGAGAGACACGACCUAUUACUACCACGACGGACAACUCUCCUAUCUACCCACAACCCCAUAUAUCUAUACAUUUUGUCAGCAUUGUUGUUAUUGUCACUACUACCAUUACCAUACGUAUAAUAACCCUACUACUGAGACUGAGGGACAGACGGACGGCCCGCGGAGCCGUGUCUGCCUCGCGACCGAGCUGCAUAUUUCGCCAUUUGGCCCCCCACGAGAGAGCCAACACGAGCCCGACACCUACGAGGACGUGGUGGAGGAGGAGGAGGUGCUGCAGCCGCCGCCACCGCCUCUGCGAGGGCUCGCUGCUCUGGUGGAACGCACCAUCAGCCGACAAGCCCCCCCGAUGCAGAAGUAUUUCACCGACCUCACCGAAAAGUUGUUGUUGUCCGUUGACCAGGAUUACAAUGUUACUAAUAUGGGAUUCGUUGUCGAAGUCAUCACGGCCUUGGAAAAGACUACCAUCACCAAAGAAGCGCUUGAAAGCACCAGGCUUGGAAAGCACAUUAAUGAGUUGCGUAGAAAAACGAGUAACGAUGCUCUGGCCAAACGGGCAAAAGACCUUGUGCGUAGAUGGCGAGGAUUAUUGUUACCUCCUGCACAAGCUACUCCACAGCCCACAGUUGCAGAUACGGCGCCGACGGUCUUCAAUGGAACCAACACGCAAAACCUAGCCCUAAGAAAUCUGAAACCUCAGAGCCCAGCAUUCAGAGGUCUCAAACCUCAAAGCCCUCUUUUGAAAACUACCUCUCUUAGCAGGGUUUCAAGCCCAUCUUUGUCGCUGCAUAGUGAUCAGUCACGUUCACCAGUCAUAUCUCCAAUCAAACCAUCCGUAACUCCCGUGAGUAAUCACAGGCUAAAUUCUAACUCUGCUCAGUUAGAAGUGAAAAGUAGCAGUCAAAACUAUUUGCAAGAAGCAGUGCCCAGGACUCACAGUUCAAACAAGCGGCUACGAAAAGAUGAAGUAAUUAUUAUUGAUGUCGAACCCCCAAUCAAAAAACAGCGACUGAACGGUGAAAUCUUGAGUGGUAACAAUAUAAACUCGCAAGUGCCUAGCCCUACCCUUAAAGAAAGGAAUCCAGAACUUAUAGAGCCUUCCUCCAAUGAUGAGAUCAAUGUAGUGAAAAAACGUGGUAGGAAGAAAGGUAGUAAGUCGAUAAAAAAACAAGUGUCUGUUGAGGACAGUGUAAAAGAAAAACUUGCUAGUUUUUCGCGAAAUCCGAAACUUAAAACGACUCAAGAGUUGCUAGCUGACUUGCAGGCUCGAGGUUCCAACUCAAUUGCCAAUCUUUUACCUAGUCAUGGUGUCAAUAACCCGAAUGCCAAGAGCGUGAGGAAUAAAAAAGACAGUGAAAACCACAAAUAUCUGUCUAAUAAUCACAACUAUUCCUACAAAAAAUUAUCGCCUGCGGAAAAAGGUAUCAAGCAGGAAUCCCGAAAGUAUGUAGAUUCGGAUUCUGUUGACGAUGAUACGCGAGAUUCGGAAUUAGCCACCGACGAUAAGAUAAAGACACAGGAUCUGACGGUCGAGGAGAUACUUGCCAAGUUGCCGCCAUUAGAUCGUGAUUCAAUAGAUUGGGGUGAGGAUGAAAAGUACGAUGCCCAAGCUGGUAGUGAAGAGGCUGAUGGUGAGGUAAACAAAAGUAACGUAGUGAAGUGGGAAAUUACCGAGGAUGACCUUGUGAGGUUACACCGCGAAUGCAAUGAAGGACUGAACGGAAAUUUUCAGCCGAAAUUUUGGUUUCCCCUUGAAAACAGUGAUUUAUCAAAGACUUGCAAUGAUGACAAUGAAGUGAAACUUGAAAUUGAUAGUGUUGUUGGCUUGCAAAGGCCUUUGGAUAGCCAUAAGGACGAAGUAUUUCGAGAAUGGCACGAGAUGCUCGCAAGGCCGAGCUGCGAUGGCCAAAUCCUCCACAUAUUGCCUUACGUUAUCAUCGAUUAGUUAUUAAAAUUGUUUUAAUAAAGCUUAAGAAAAACUCAUUAAUACUUGUACCAAUCGAGUCAUAUUGAUGCGUUGCAUCCAUAACUCUUGUCUAUCAAAUGAUCAUUCAAUUGUUUAUGUUUUUCCAUAUCAUAUAAUUGUGGCGAUAUCAUUUUUUUUAACUGGAAAAACCGAUUGUGUUAAGAAAUGUGCGUCACAUACCUAACUUACUAUUAUAAGAAAAAGAUGUUGACUUUUUUUCCUAAAAAUAAUUGUGAUGAUCAAUCAUGUAUUUUCUUUGCAUCGAGUUUGAGUUGGUUGAAUAUUUUGUUUUUGUUUAGUGCUUGAAAGUAUACUAAUUUUAAAAAAUAGUUCACAAAUCAAUCAAAGAUUACUUUCAAGUCAGAACUAUAUGUUAUGAAUAAAGCGUCCGGCAAAGAAUAGCAUGUGAUUACAUUGUUAAGUCUAUUAAAUUAUUUUUAAAGACACGUAAAGAAAGUAUUUAGGAAUUAUAAUGUCCUUUAAGUGGAUAUGAGACUCUCGAGACAUAAUUUCAAACGGAGAUAUAAAACGAUAAUUUUAUAUUGUUUUUCAAAUUUUCAGCGCUUAGUAUUACUACGGUUAUGAUGGAAAACGUUUGAUACGUCAUUUAUAAUUUCCUUUUUCUGCCAUUACAAAUAGCUGAUGGAGAAUCAAACUAUUUUGUUUACAGUUGAUUGUCAGUUUUUAUUAACGUUUAUAAAAUGGUCUAAAGCAAACAAAAUAUAUGAUAUGUCCAUUUUUCAUUCAAUUUAGUCUUUGUAUUAUUUCCUUGUAGAAAUUUAUCAUUAUAUUUUAUCAUAAAACUCAACCUUAACGUUUUGUUAAAAUAAAAUUUCUAUUUAAUU